GGCUUUUAGAAAUCACUGCUAUAACUGACUUUCUGCGAUACCAUGAAUUAAUUAGUUCAGGUGGUACUCGUUUUCACGUUUUUUCCUGAAGUGUUUUGACGAGCUUCGCUUGACGCGCCUAACCAAUCAGAUAUGGAUGACGAAGGGCGAAAGGCAGCACCCAAGGCCGGUCGCCGUGCAGGACGUAACGUGAAUUCUUGGGCAGAUGAUUCUACUGCGCCAGUAGAGGUACAGAAGGGCGGGUUUGGGCUUGAUGCAGGAUUUGAAGCGGGCUCAUCGACGCAACCUGCAUUACGACAAGAUGAUUUCGACACGGAGGACAUUUCCCGGCAAGGACCCAGAACACACGUAAAUAACGAUGGCGACACUCCUCUAACAUCACGGAGCCGCACUGAGGAAGCUGGUGGCGAGCAUCCGUCAGCGCAGCGACUAGCACCAUCUGAUAAGUUCUCUACGGCAGACACUCUUAGAGAGGACAGCAAGAAAUUUGUGGGCGUGUCCCGCCGUAAGCAAGAACAGCUUGCACGCGGUGAUGAUGAGAUUAGCCGGAAGAAUCUCAAGUACGAGGCUCUGACGGCUGGCGUUGAUGGCAUUAUGGACAUUCCGGAGCUUGAGGAUGAAGGCCGAGAGGACCUAUCAAAUGUGGUAGCUGAGGCGCCCAAGGUCCGCACAAACAAGGUGCAGGGUAUAGAAGAGCUGGAGGAGGACAUGCAUUUUAAGUUGCCGGCUAUGGAUGACAGAGAUAUCGACCUGUCACUGCUGACAGGAGUGUUGUGCUCCUCGGAGCAGGUCCAGGAGCUGGAUGAGCCAUGGGACCCAGAAAUCAUCCUCACGGAGGUGGCCUCGGCCAUUUACAUGGAGCGUGAGAAAGCGGAAGGGCAAUCUUUUUACCGUGAAGAACGCCGCUUGAGUGAUCAUAACCCCGUGUCCCUUCACCUCGCGUCGGUUUGGAGGCCGGACCGGCCACCCACGCGUAAACCCAAGCCGACGUUUCUUGUCUCUGAGGCGCACAGGUACACAGACAUGUUCUACAACCCGGAGGCCCCCCCUGUGGUUGGUGUCCGGGCGGUUGUGGAUUCCCUGCGUGCUGGCCAGAUUGGUGUCACCCAGGCGGUGGACACUAUCGAACGGAUUUUGCUGGGUUGCUUCGGUGAUGCCUUCAGGCCCGGGCCGGUUUCUAACGGCAAGGCGGCGUGGUGGAAUGAUGAGUGUGCUGCGGCUAAGCAGGCCAUGUUGCAGUAUCGGUCUGAUGUGAUGAAGGUCCCCGGUGCUCAUCCUUUCUCUGGGCGAGCUACCCACAGUGUAACACCCCAUCAAUACAACAACACACCAACAAGAACACUAAACACAACACAAUACAACAUCAAAAACACCGCCACCAACAACAACACCAAACACGCCAUCACCAACAACACCUAA